CAGUGACUGCAGACCAGGACCUGCUCCGUAUAUACUACAUGAGGAGGUGUAGGACCUGUGAAGAUGUCACAAUCAUGUGACCAGUACAUGUGAGGCGGAGCUCUUCCCGGUAGAAGAGGUUUUUGCUAAAGGACCUGCGCGGAUGAUCAUGUGACUGGAUUGGGUGGACCUUAGGAGCAUAGAAGAGCUUUUAGGCUAAAGGACCUGUUAGAGCCAUCAGCUGACCCAGUUCUCUCCUCUUCUCCUGAAUGAAGGAUGGAGGAGGACAGGAAUGAGAAGACUAAGAGGAUAUUACACUUCAUCUUGGAGAUCCUCCACCUGCUGACUGGAGAGAUCAGCUAUGGAGCCACCGACCACUCACUAUCUGAUAGACGCAUCUAUCCACAUGUUUUCCGCACAGUCCAAAGUCACCACGUCCACAAUAUGGUAAUAACCAAACUAUUGAAGCGCUUUGGCUGGACCUGGGUUGGGAUUUUAGUAUCGGAUGAUGAUGCGGGAGAGAAUGAACUACAGAUACUAACAAAGUACAUGAGAGAGCACGGGAUCUGUGUCGCCUUCACCAUAACACUAUCAGAGAAAAAUGUCCUCAAUAAUGAGCAGACUUCCCAAAACUUACAGAAUCCACAAGUCAGUGUCAUUAUAGUAUGUGGGACCUACUCAGAUUAUGGAAAGUAUGUACUACUACUUGUUUCUGAUUUUGAAAUUUUAAACAAAACUCUCAUCCUCCCUCCAUCCUGGGCUUUCAGUCGCAUCACUGCAGAAUACCCAUAUCUAGCAUUAAAUGGAAGUUUCGCAGUGGACUUCUUACAACCUUUUCUUGGAGUGGAAAAUUUUGUGGAAAACUACAGAAAACUUCCCAAUAUCUACAAUGAUGAGAUAUUCUGGAUACAAUUAGAUAUAAUAGCUAGAAAUGAGGAUAACGUUUCCUUCAUUACAUAUACUAUUACUGAUGAAAUAUUUAACAAAAGUAUAAAUGAUACUUUGCCAAGCCUGAGGACUUACCUCUCCUCGGGGGUCUCUUCAAGCUUGUAUUCUGCAGUACAAAUUCUGGCAAAAGCUCUACAUGAAAUGUUAUUAUAUAUAAAAGACAAAUAUCAAGGAAAUCCAAUAACUGGACUUAUACAACACAGACGGAAGUUACAGCGCUAUAUACAGACGAUGAAGAGUUCACUGGAUCCAAUGAGACCUUCAUAUUACUUUUCUGACCAAGGAGAAGCCGUACAUCCAUAUAAGAUAAUACAGUGGAUAUAUAGAAAUGAGACCACACAUAUGGAUGUACAAAUGGUCGAAGUGGGAAAUUUUACACCUUGGGCGAUCAGUGGUCAAGAGCUUUACAUGAAUCCCCAGUCUAUAACCUGGAAGGACACACAGAAGGUCCCAGUAUCCCGAUGCUCAGACCCUUGUUUACCUGGAAGCCGGAAAAAAGCAAGACCAACAAUCCAUACCUGCUGCUAUGACUGCGUCCUAUGUUCUGAGGGAGAGAUAUCCAAUAUGACUGACUCUGACAUCUGCUUUAAAUGCCCAAGUGAUGAAUGGCCAAAUGAGAAGAGAGACCAAUGCCUGCCCAAAGUCAUGGAUUUCAUCUCUUACCAGAAUGACACAAUGGCUUCUGUAUUCUCCUGUGUCUCCAUCUUCGGAUGUAUUGUGACUGGCUCCAUAUUUGGAAUAUUUAUUUUCUACCGGGACACUCCUAUUGUUAAAGCUAAUAACAGGAACCUGAGUUAUCUCCUCCUGGUCUCCAUCCUCCUCAGCUUCCUCUCUGUCUUCUUAUUUCUUGGUCGUCCCAGUGAUGUCACUUGUAGAUUAUGUGAAACCAGUUUUGGAGUCUUCUUCUCAGUAGCCAUCUCUUCCCUUCUUGCCAAGACUGUUAUGGUUUGUGUUGCUUUUAAGUCUGCAAAGCCAGGAAGCCCCUGGAGAAAAUGGCUGAGUGUGAAGCUGCCCUAUACCAUAGUGAUGUUGUGUUUAUCCUUUCAAGUUGUACUCUGUGUUAUCUGGUUGUCUAUCUCUCCCCCAUUCCAGGACCUGGACACUCAGUCUUAUCCUGGGAAGAUCAUCAUUCAGUGUAAUACAGGGUCAGGUAUCUGGUUCUACUCCAUGUUGGGUUAUCUGGGGUUCCUGGCAGUGGUGAGCUUUGUUCUGGCUUUCAUGGUGAGGACAUUACCGGACACUUUCAAUGAGGCCAAGUACAUCACCUUCAGCAUGCUGCUGUUCUGCAGUGUCUGGAUCGCCAUGAUCCCGGCUUAUCUGAGCACCCGAGGGAAAUCCAUGGUGGCUGUGGAGAUCUUUGCAGUGAUUGCGUCCAGUGCUGGACUUUUAGGGUGUGUGUUUUUCCCAAAAUGUUUUAUUAUUUUAUUUAAAUCUAAAAUGAAUAGGAAAACUAACCUGCUGGGGAAUAGGAAGCAAUGACUGUAAAAUCUAAAGUCUUACAGUAAACAUAGACUGAACAUUACACAUGUAGAUAAAAAAAGGCACCUGAAAAGGGCCAAAAGGCACCUGAAAAGUUCCAGUUACAAUGUCCUCUUUCGCCGGAGCUACUUUGGAACCGAAAGUGAUCCCGGCGGACAACUAGACGUUAAUCAGGUUGUUACCAAGGAACUAGUAAAACCAGUUUUGCAUCCUGACGAAGCAAGGUUGCCAUGGGGUAUAGCAGGGAGGUGAGGAACCUCAUAGCCACACCCCCCCCCUAGACCGGUAGGAGGGACACCCAGUAGGGCUACCACACCCUACCAAAUCCUUGUGAACGAACAGAACUCAAAACGUGGACACAGUGCUAUAGACAACAGUGUGUAAAUCAUUAUGUGGACACAGUCUGAUAUAUAUAUAUAAAUUCCAUGGAACAUGCAGUGCUAUGGAGAAAAUUUUUUAUAUCACCACAUGAAUACAGGACAGGGGAUAACUUCACAGUGUAGCACCUACCGACCUAUAAAAAGUUUCUAGAAUUUGACCUACUUUAUGCUGCCCAAAUCACGGGCAACGUGAAAGAGGUGCAGGACCCAGGUAACUAGUCACUUGGUGGUUCAUGGUGGCUGUUCUCCGCCUAUACACAGAUAGGGAGAGACACGCCUCUAAGGGCUGGCUGACCAAGAAAUUUAGAGUAAACGAUAGUGUGUCUGGAUUGAACUCUUUGCAUCUGUUUCAUGCUGCACAUGGUUUGGAAAGCAUAAAACAGAUUCCCUUUAAAGAACAAGAAAAAGUUAUAUCACAGGUCUCGACACAUAUUCCUCAAGCAAAAUGGGUUAAUCAGGAGUCAUCAGUACUGGGACAUUUCAAAAACAUUGGCUAUAUCAAUAUCAGAAUCAAUAGUAUAGUGUAAUAUCAAGAAUAGAUAUACAGCAAAGAUUUGAUAGCCCAUGAGUAGAUGAAUAUCAGCCAGGCUCAAAUAAGCCCUUCCCUCAGUCCCCAUGCCUAUGGAUAAGAUGAAAUAGAAUGGGCACACCCCUCUCUGUACUUAUGAUCAUGUGCUGGUCAACCUACAGAAGCUUGCACCUGUGAGUGGUAAGUGGGAAUUAUUUUUAUGGGUUAAUUCUAACCCUGAGCUUUCUAUUGGAUGUUAUCUAUCAGGCGACUUCCACUACUAAACCACAAAGUAAUUAAGAAAAAAAAAAAUUAUUGAAAUAACUUCCCCUGCCAAAAAAAAGUCCCUAAUAACCCUUUUAUUCAAGGUGUACUCCACUGGUGCCAGAAAGU